AUGGGAGAUUGUUUUCAAUUUGAAUAUUUCCCAGAUGAGAUUCUCCUGGAGAUCUAUCGAUAUCUUCAUUGUGGUCAUAUACUUUAUUCGUUUUAUAACCUCAAUUUUCGUUUGAAUCAAACACUCACUCAUUAUUGUCAAUAUGUGAUCCUUCGACGCUUGACUUAUCAACAGUUUACCUAUAUAUACUCACAAAUUAUACCUGAGAUUGGUCAUCAGAUUCGAUCGUUGACAAUCAAUCGUUUGCAACAGAAUGAAUUUCUGAAAAGUUUUAGUUUUAAAAUGGAGAAUUUCUUUCCGAACUUAGAAAAACUCGCCUUAGAUGAUUGGAAAAAUCUCGAUUUAUUUCCAUUUGUUAGUAGUCGCCUAUCCAAACUAACGAAUCUCCGUCAAAUCAUCAUUCGCGGUUUACGGCAGCCGAAUGAUCCACAUUCGCUUGUUACUAGCAUCGAUGAUUCGACUUAUUUAUUCGAAAUUGUCUCAGAAAAUCGACAAAUCGAAACAAUUAUUUUCGAACCCGAUUGCUACUCGAUGACAUUACUUAAUCACAAGAAAUUCCGAAUAAAUCAUUCCAAUUUAAUCGAACUGAAUCUUUCACUUUCAACAUCCGAUCAUCUGAACUCUUUAGCUUAUUUCCUACCAAAUCUCCGUCGUCUCUAUGUUAUUAUUGAAGAAAUUGGCAUAAUGAAAGAAGAUAUCCUUCCAUUCCAACGUCUCACCCAUUUUUCACUUGAUGCUAUUGAAUCGUAUUCGAAAUUAGAGAAUCUCCGGGAACUGUUUCAAAUUAUUCCAACUGUCGAACAUCUUUCAUUAGUUUUAACAUCAAUCGACGAGCGAUUAAUCUACGGCGAACAUUUUCUCCAGUGCUUGUCAUUGAAAACUUUUCAAUACGCCGUGUACUUUUCUUCAUCAAUCGAUUAUUGUUUCGAUUCACGGAAAUUCUUCGAUUCUUGGAAAUCUCAUCGAUUGGUUUAUACAAUCAAUAAAGAUCAGAAGAGGAGUUAUAUUUUUAUUCAUACAGUGCCAUAUCCAUCGAUUCUUUUGAAUUUACAGUCGACUUUGACGAACAAAUUUGGAGUUCGAUCGGGUGAUCAAGUUUAUAGGAUUGUGCAAUAUUUAUAUGUUAAUCGAAUGAAAACUCUCAAAGAAAUAUUUCCAAUUUUGCAGCAUUGUAGGAAAACACAAGAUUUAACGAUUCAAAUCGAUGGUUUCGAAUCAGUUUCAGCUGUUUCAUCCACUACCGAACGAAUUCCGAAAUUGAAAUCGCUCGAAAUUCUGUCAAUAUUCGGUCGGAUCGAUAACUGGUUGCAUUUCAAAUACUUAAUCCACUCCGCACAUAAUCUUACCACCUUAUGUCUCGAUCUUCCCUGUGCAAUGAAAUUAUUCGAACUUAACGACGAAGAAAUCGUCUUUCCACGUGUACUUCAUCUAUAUCUUGAUGGGCAUCGAUGUGAUUUGAAACUCACCAGCGAACACAUUUGUCAAUUAGCACGAAUUUUUAGCGAAAUACAUUCAUUGAAGAUCAAAUAUAAAACUGAAGAUGUUAUCGAUGGGAGAAUUUUAGGUGAAAUAGUAGACAAAUGUCAACAUUUAACUGUAGUUGCCGUGAACGGACAGAUAUUGGAGAAUAUUUCGUCAAAUGAUUUAUCUCCUUGGCUAAUGAAAUAUUCUUUACGAUUGAAGAAGUAUGAGAAAAUGUAUCAAAUUCAAUUGAUUGAAAACUUCGUGGAAAUUUGGUUAUGA